ACGACAGAGCCAUGUCUGAAUUCCACGUCUUCGGACACUACUACGGAGCCAUGUGAGACUACGACGGAGCCAUGUCUGAAUUCCACGUCAUCAAAAACGACGAAUGAGCCAUGUGAGACAACGACAGAGCCAUGUCUGAAUUCCACGUCUUCGGACACUACUACGGAGCCAUGUGAGACCACGACGGAGCCAUGUCUGAAUUCCACGUCUUCGGAAACUACCACAGAACCCUGUGAGACUACGACGGAGCCAUGUCUGAAUUCCACGUCUUCAAAAACAACGAAUGAGCCAUGUGAGACCACGACGGAGCCAUGUCUGAAUUCCACGUCUUCUGAAACUACCACAGAACCCUGUGAGACCACGACGGAGCCAUGUCUGAAUUCCACGUCUUCGGACACUACUACGGAGCCAUGUGAGACUACGACGGAGCCAUGUGCUGAAUUCCACGUCAUCAAAAACGACGAAUGA